UGCCUCAAGGCGCUCGCAGCCAAUCAGGAUGGAGCCUGCCGGGACGCAUUACAAGGGCGACUGGCCCGAAGCCUCCCGCUUCGGGAUGAAUUAGCGGCGGGUUCUGCACGGAGGUUGUGACCCUCAGGGAUUCUCCAGUUCGCCCACGCGCUCCCCACGGUGUCGCGCGUGGUCGUCUGCUAGUCACAGAAUCAUGGUGUCAUGGAGAGGGAUAUACUUUAUACUCACUCUGUUUUGGGGAAGCUUUUUUGGAAGCAUUUUCAUGCUGGGUCCCUUUUUACCUUUGAUGUUUAUAAACCCAUCUUGGUAUCGCUGGAUCAACAACCGCCUUGUGGCAACCUGGCUCACGCUACCUGUGGCAUUGCUGGAGACCAUGUUUGGUGUAAAAGUGAUUAUAACAGGUGAUGCAUUUGUUCCUGGAGAAAGAAGUGUCAUUAUCAUGAAUCAUCGGACAAGAAUGGACUGGAUGUUCCUGUGGAAUUGUCUGAUGAGAUACAGCUACCUCAGAUUAGAGAAAAUUUGCCUCAAAGCCACUCUCAAACGGGUUCCAGGAUUUGGUUGGGCCAUGCAGGCUGCUGCCUAUAUCUUCAUUCAUAGGAAAUGGAAGGAUGAUAAGAGCCAUUUUGAAGACAUGAUUGAUUAUUUUUGUGAUAUCCAUGAACCACUUCAACUCCUCAUAUUCCCAGAAGGGACUGAUCUCACAGAAAAUAGCACGGCUCGAAGUAAUGAAUUUGCUGAAAAGAAUGGACUUCAGAAAUAUGAGUACGUCUUACAUCCAAGGACUACAGGCUUUACUUUUGUAGUAGACCGUCUAAGAGAAGAUUUGAAAUGGCCUUUAGCAGAAGAUAAAAUAAGAAAAACAUGGCUCACGGUGUCAAAGCCAGGUAAGAACCUGGAUGCCGUCCAUGACAUCACGGUGGCAUACCCUCACAACAUUCCCCAGACAGAGAGGCACCUCCUCCUUGGGGACUUUCCUAAGGAGAUCCACUUCCACGUCCACCGAUACCCAGUGGACACCCUCCCAACAUCCAAGGAGGACCUCCAGCUCUGGUGCCGCAAGCGGUGGGAAGAGAAGGAGGAGAGGCUGCGCUCCUUCUAUCAAGGGCAGAAGAACUUUUGCUUUACGGGGCAGACUGUCAUUCCACCUUGCAAGUCUGAGCUCAGGGUCCGUGUGGUCAAAUUGCUCUCCAUACUGUACUGGACCCUGUUCGGCCCUGCCGUGUGCCUGCUCAUCUAUCUGUACAGCCUCGUUCGGUGGUAUUUUAUAAUCAUCAUUGUCAUCUUCGUGCUGCAGGAGAGAAUAUUUGGUGGACUGGAGAUCAUCGAACUUGCAUGUUACCGUCUUUUACACAAACAGCCACAUUUAAAUGCAGAGAAAAAGGAGUAAGAUCGUAAGGUUCACAGUGUAAAAGCCUAGGGGAUAUUUUGGAUAAGCUUUUGUAAACCGAGAUGCUUUUUUGCAUGACUAUGUCAAAUAUUUCUUACUAUCGUCAUUAUUUGUUAAAGAUAUUUUGCACUUAGUUUUGUGGGAAAAUAUUGCUACACACACGAUUUUUUUUUUUUUUUUUUUUUAAAUCUCUGAAUGUAAUUUCAACACUGUGUAGCAGGGAGCGAUCGCUGUGAAAUAACUUGGGCCAGAGUAUUAGUAAACAAUCAUCAGGCUGUUAGCAGACAAGGUACACACAGAUCUUCUUAGAGGCCCAAUCCUGCUUCCUAACAAACUCCCCAGACAGGAGGCAGAUCUGGGGCUCCUGGGCACUGGCCCACAUCAAGUGCUGGCACCUGACGGUGGAGGUGAGGGCCCUUCCUCCUGGCUCCCUCUCGGCCCUGUCCCCGCACUCCUUUCUAUGCCAGUCAAACCCUUGCAUCCUUCCUCAAGACCAGAAAACAGAAACCCCUUGUCCUUAAGCUGAACAGACAUUUUAAUAGGAAGCCCUUCAUUACUCAUGAAAUCUUGGCAUUUAGCCGUGCACUGACCUAGACGUCACAAGACCACCGGUGCCCUUUUCUCACGUGGAAAAUAAGAGCUGGACAAGUCUCAGGGAGCAACCACAGGCUCUCCACUCAGAAACCUUAGUUUGAAUUUUUAAAACCAGGAAUUCAUACAGUUUAGUUCUUCACUUCUGUGUAACCUUGUUUAGUGCCGGUUUCUUUACAGCUUGUUAGCAGGUGUAGCUUUUCUGCAUCAUAAACGGUAUACAUCAAGUCACUUACCUUUUAAAGGAAAGCGUAGGAGAACGUUCUCUUAUUGCCAUCAGAAACACUUGAAGCUGUGUCUUGGUUGAAAUAUUUCUUUAAAACCUGCCACAAAAAGGAAGGUUAUGUAUUUUCUACUUGUGCAUGGGUGUCAACUUCUGCCACUAAAUCAACAGCAGCACUUGCAGACAGGGCUGUAAUGGUUUAACCUAAAUUAUUCAAUCCUUGUAGCCUUGACAAGUUUUAUUCUUAAAACCAAAAUGGUCACACAAGUGAAUCCUUUUUUAAUGAUAGUGAGGGAUCUCUCUUUUUUAGUCCCAGGUUUCCUCUUUCAUUAGUAAAACCCACAUUUUACCAAUUGUUCACCUAAAUAUUCCUGUUAUUUGGAGUCAAUGGAAAAUUCAGCAAGUCAACAGCACCAAUCUCCUUCUGCGGCAAAAAAGAAAUGUGUGGUCAUUGUUUCCACUCCGCUGGGGCCCUGCAGGUACGUUUUUUUUUUUUUGGUCCUAAUGGGAAUGCCGGUCAGAGCAGCAGAAAAUAUGGGGCAAUUGAAAGUCUUUACUGGGCUUCCCUGGUGGCGCAGUGGUUGACAGUCCACCGCCAAUGCAGGGGACAUGGGUUCGUGCCCCGGUCCGGGAGGAUUCCACAUGCCGCGGAGCGGCUGGGCCCGUGAGCCAUGGCCGCUGAGCCUGCGCGUCCGGAGCCUGUGCUCCACAACGGGAGAGGCCACAACAGUGAGAGGCCCGCGAAAAAAGUCUUUACUGUUAAAAAACCUGUCCGCUUAUUCCUGCCUUGAACCAGCUUCAAACACUGUUUCUAGCUUUGUGUACUCUUGGCACGAGUGCCUUCUCCUUAAUUACAUCUCCUUUGUGCUGGACGGUGAUUUCCGCCGGCAGUGGAAACCGGCAUCGCUGUGACAGGCAAGCACGCUGUGAGCUAGACUUACCCAGCAGACUCUUCUUUCAGAAAGCCACCGCAGCAUUCAUGUUGGCACCAUCUUCACUGGAAGAGAACUAACUAGUGCCUCUGCUGCAGAGCCCAACCUGUAUUUAACUACUCUCCCAAGGCUGUUUUUAAUCCCGCCGGGGCUACUAAUUAGUUGCCGGGGCUACUAAUUAGUUAUUAUGCACAUCUGCUCCAGACCCAGCUUCCUUGGUUUCUAAGGUGGUUAUUUUUUUAACCUUUUUUUCCCCCCUUUAAUAAAAGACGUUUCUAAUUUAGGUCUCUCUCAGACUUCUGGUUAUAUUUGGAAAUAAGAAAUAGUUUAACAAUCAGGAUUGCAUUUGUCCUGGGUCAGAGAGAAACGCUGAGUUUUCUACUCCACAGGUGUUUGUAAUGUAGCCGGGCUGCCCUUCCUCCAACUGCUCAAGGCUCCUUGGUUCAGGGUCUGGCGUUAAUGGCGAGUCCUCUAGAACCCUAUGAAACCUGUAAAAGGGGAACUCUUUCUUUUUAAAACAUGUUUUCUUUUGACCGUAAAAAACAUGUUUAAGAUAAAAUGCAAACUCUUUUUUAGUACCCUGAAUUCAUAAGCACUGAAACUGAGACAUUGUACUUCUAAGAAUUAGAAAUAACUUCAAAAAGAAAAAUGUUGCCCUUUUUGGUCUCUGGUGUGGUUUUUUUUGUUUGUUUGUUUUGUUUGCAGUAAGGCUUCUUUUAAAAUUGAAAUCAUUUGUGUUUUCCUACACAACUUUUUCUUCUCUUAUUUAAAGAAAUACACUGUCCAUGAUUUGGACUCUAAAAUUGAUAGGUCAGGUAGAGGUUAAUGCAGUUACAGUACCGUGCUUGGCCUCAGCUGUGACCCCUUCCCAUCUCCCAGUCUGGCUCUGGACUCAGCAGCCGCCUGUCUGGCAGCAUCUGGACUCUCACCAGUCCAUCCAGAGGAGACUCAGUGGAGUUAGAAAUGUUUACAGUGCUGUAUGUCCAUUUGUUACAUCUUUACCAUUCAGACAAGACUUAAAUAAAGCAAGUGUGGUUUACAUGGGACAUGAACCAUUAUACUUAAAAUAGGAACCUACAAGGAAGGGCACUGAUUAGGUCACAAGUUUUCCCACCAGGCCUCUGAUGAAACAAGCCAAAGUCAUUGUAAAAUUCAGUAGAAGAACAUGGUAAAAGACUAAAAGAAAUGUCAGAGCCCAUAAUUUAAAGUUCUUAAUAAAAUCCUUGUUAGGCUACUAAAACACAGACGGGGAGAAAUCCCAGCUUCCACUUGAGUCACUUUGAAAUUAGUUACGUCCAUAGCCCCACGUCAGACCUCGUCCAUCAGCAGCCGACUGAACUCGCCGGGAGGGGAGACGUUCCCAUCUCACUCGGGCUUCAAGCUCGGCCUGACCACGCUGCCCUCGUGCACUUUUAUAACGGAGACUAAUGGAGGGAGCCUGUUGGUAUUAAAUUGUUUACAUUUCUUUAUAUAAAUAAUGUGCUUUCAGUGCCUUAGUUACGGGUCCCUUUCUUUCUCUUGUUCCAAGAAUUCUGCAAUGUGUCUCUUAGAUAAAAGUCUCUUUUUGCUAUUCACUGGGAGAAAAAUGGUUUCUAAAACACUGGUCACUGUGGUCAAUACUACCUUGUGAGGACAUCUGGGAAAGAGAGCUUUAUGUGGAGGUAGCGGUUGCCUCAGGGCUAUUGUUUAUGUUGCAGAAAUGCUCUUGUCACAUGAUAAGCUUCAGAUUAGACAUGGCCCUAAAGUUGUCUUGUGCUGACCUUAAAUUCUUAUUUCAGGAGAGAAUCUUGGUUUAGGUAAUUCAUUUUUUAAAAGAUCAUGUGCAAAAACACUACGUUUUAAAAAUAACUCACAGAAUGGCCUUAGUUUUUUAUGUCCGCUGGUAUCUUUGUGAGUUGUGUUCUCUGUAGUAUACAUCCCAGAAUAAAGUGGAGUGAAUUCAAUAGUUUA